GAUUAUAAAACAAAGCUCCAUUAUUCACAUACACCGCACACAAUCAUCUGUAUAAAAUAUUCACACCCUUUCUCACAAAUCACUGCUGAGAGAGGGAGAUACGAUUUGGUGUUUGUGUUGGGUUGAAAGCAAUCACAGUGCACUGGCCAUCACCAUCAUUGUCCACUCCUACAGCUAUUCAAUUAACCCCCUUUUUCCCUCUCUCUCUCUUUCUACACACGCACACGCUCUGUACUUUGUGUUUCUGUUUCUGAUCUCUCCCUGUCUAACUAUCUUCUUCGGUCAAUGCUUCAAUAUCGGAUACCAAAAGAAGCUCUUUUUGCAUCUGGGGGUUUUCAAGAUUUGAUUUUUAGCCUCUGAUUUCGGUGUUUGUUGGUUUUUUGUCAACUUGGGUUCUUGAAAUAGUCUGUGAAUUGAAUAUUUGAGUUGUGAGAAAAUGAUUGUGGAAGGAAUUAGAGGAGAUGCUGAGAAUUUUCCGGUUGGGAUGCGUGUUCUUGCUGUUGAUGAUGACCCAACUUGCUUGAAGUUAUUGGAAACUUUGCUCAGAAAAUGCAACUACAAUGUCACUACAACGAACCAAGCAAGGGUUGCGUUGAAGAUGAUUAGGGAAAAGAAAGACAGAUUCGACUUGGUGAUUAGUGAUGUGCACAUGCCCGACAUGGAUGGCUUUAAGCUUCUGGAGCUUGUUGGUCUUGAAAUGGAUCUACCUGUUAUCAUGCUGUCAGCGAAUAGUGAUCCCAAGCUCGUAAUGAAAGGGGUUACUCAUGGUGCUUGCGACUAUUUGGUGAAACCUAUUCGGAUUGAAGAGCUGAGGAACAUUUGGCAGCAUGUAAUAAGGAGAAAAAAGGUUGAUUCUAAGAACCAGAAUAGAUCGAGUGAUCAAACCAAAGCUCAUCCGGCAAGUGGAGAAGGUCAUGGGUCUCCCUUGGCAGGAAAUACUGACCAGAAUGGAAAAUUUAAUAGAAAGAGGAAGGACGAUGAUGAUGAGACCGAAGAUAAUGAUAAUGAAUAUGAAGACAAUGGUACGCAGAAGAAACCCCGGGUUGUCUGGACUAUCGAGCUUCACAGGAAGUUUGUCCAAGCAGUUAAUCAGUUGGGAAUUGAAAAGGCCGUUCCUAAGAGAAUUCUGGACAUGAUGAACGUCGAAGGCCUUACCCGGGAGAAUGUGGCGAGCCAUCUCCAGAAGUAUAGGCUUUACCUGAAAAGAAUUAGUACGGUUGCAACCCAGCAAGCAAACAUGGCUGCUGCGCUUGGGGUUAAGGAUUCUGGUUUCAUGCAUAUGGGCUCAUUGGAUGGGUUUGGAGAUUUUCGGACUUUUAGUGGAACAAGACUAGGUAAUGUUGCAUUAUCAUCUUACCCGGGUGGCAUGCUUGGUCGACUAAACAGCCCUGGUAAUGUGAAUAUGCGCAACCUUACUCCAUCCACUCUAAUCCAGCCGAGUCUAGCUCAAAACUUGAGCAGCUCCAUCAAUUCACUUGGGAAAAUGAAUCUUGUCCUUCCAACUUCCAAUCAAACUCCAAGUUUAUUUCAAGGAAUUCAGCCGUCUCUCGAACUGGAUCAGUUGCAACACAAUAAGGGCACUGCAAAUUUUACUAGUAUCAACAACUCCCGAAUUUUCAGAACUGGCAGUGCUGGAGCAGCUCUAGGCAGCUCGAACAACUUGUUGAAUAGUCCCAUGAGUAAUCCACUGUUGCUGCAUGGAAACACACAACAGCCUCUGAGUGGUGGACGGUUUGGUAAUCAGUCGGCUCCCUUUACCUCAGAAUCCUUCAACAAUGGUGUUUCUGAUCCCGCCAAUGAGAACUGGCAGAAUAGAGUCGAUGCAUCUAAAAUGCACCCAAACACCCUGCUAUCUGCUGAGCCUUUUCACAGCCAGUUGCCUCUUAACGGUUUGAGAGAUAAUAACUCUUCAAAUGGAACUUAUUUACAGAACAACCCUAUUGAUCUUUCGUCUGGCUUGGCCUUACCACCUUUCGAAGAUUCAAGAGAAAUGCAGUGCCAGGUAGGGCCGAUGGGCGAUGUGCAGAAUAUGUCCCAAAGCUGGUCAGAACAAAGACAGGGUAGCGGAAUCGUGAACCAGAAGAUGGAUAUUUAUACUGGUGGCAGAUCUAGUGGUGGUGCUUCGGCUCUUGUGCAGCAGAAUGGAAAACUGGUGACAGAAUCCAUACCAAGGUCUAACGAGGACUUCCUCUUCGAGCAACCAAAGUUACCAUCAGGAUUGACUCCUCAAGGUUAUGAUUCGCUGGACGAUCUGGUGAAUGCUAUGAUCAAGCGGGAACAAGAUGAAACCGUGCCAAAUGGUGAGUUUGCGUUCGACAAUUACUCGUUUGGAGCAGGUAUGUAGCACGCGAGCGCGAAAUAGGGGCUUUCCACUCAAGACUGUAUCUACAUUUACAAUUAUGAUCAUUUCUGUUGUCCGUUUUAGCAAGCUUGCAUUUUAGCCCUUCUGUCAUAGUUUUCCUCUUGUAAACUCCCCAGUUAUAUUAAGCAUUGAGAAACUUGGAUUUCUUGAGUUUAGAAUUUAUGAAUAAAUGUUUCAGCA